AUGUCCUUGUUUGGAGGAGAAAGUGCACCUACUACUACAGAUGGAUCCUCCGAGUCAGAAAUUCUCGAGUCGCAUGCAAAUGAGCGAUCGUCUCCGCCUAUCGCCGUCACUGCCAAUCCACAAAGCACGCAUAACUCUAGCAUCUUGAUCGACUCUGAUGCCUCUGAUGAAAUUUACAGCGAUGAGGAGGUACAAUCUGACAAUGAGUCCAUUUCUCGACCGAAUCGCUUCACAGGACAAUCUCAAACAUGGAAGGGCUACACAGCAGCGGACCGUCAAAUAGCAGCAUCUUUAGAGCGUAUACAAAACUCGGAUCUAGCAGCUCAUCUCUAUAAUGCGCAUGCUCUCAAGUGUCGCGUGCGAAGACCCAUCGAAGAACUUGCUGAACUGAAAAGUUGGCAGAGUAGGGACGUCUGGUUGCGAACGGGGAAGAAUUUGCAAAAUACAGAUGCUGCAGGCUUGGCGCAGACUGAGUUGGUGCCAUCAAGAGACUGGACAGCCUGGCCGUUGCCUCCAGAAGAUCGUGUCCCAUUGCAAGAUGAUGCAGUAGCUGGACAGGGUCUUGGAGCGCCACACGAAUGGAGCAUUGGCGGUGAAUACAAUCAAGACGCGGGCCGCGAGCUGCGAGAUGAGAUGCUAGCGGUCUUCCUACGAAUAGCAAAAGAGAACUGGAAUGCCAGAGACACAGAUGAGGAGGAGGUACCCAACAAAGAGCGCAACAGCUUAUCUCGGAGCAGAUCACAGUCAAAAAACCGCCGAUCCAGCCUAUCGCAACGUUCGGCGUCAGGAGACGAUACAAAGAUGAAGAACCGAGAUGAGGAGGAGGCUGACGAAGAGAACGAAGAAGUUCGAGAUGACGUCGAAAAUGAAACAUCAGGAAAGAAGCGCGGUAGAAAAGUCCAAAUGGAGACCCUGAAAAAGCCCACAUUCCUUGCAGACGACGAGAUAGCAUACAGAUUGUUGCAGCCCUCCAUCAACUCGAUGCUGAUCAAAUUAGACGAGCUCGCAAUAGCCAUUCAGCGCACGCGCCUGAACCACUUUGCACAAGGCGAACCUGGUGACAGAUCGUCUCAGAGUGACUUCAACUCAGCUACUGAGUCAGCUGGAAAAGAGUCCGAUGUAUCAGUGAGGGGACUAUCGAGGAGACAGACAAGCAGGUAUACGCGGAGUAGAACGCCAUCACGGGCAGCAUCGCCACGUAAGGGUGACACAAUGGCGAAAGUUGCGACCAGCAGAUCAGGAUCUCCAGAAGGAACAGACUACGAUUCGGUCAUGGGUGACACAUCCGACACAGACAAGUCUGCAAAAUCACACGUACGAAAACGAGCGAGAUCUGCGAGUACCGCAUCUGCGGGCAGUGAGACCGCCAUCCGCGACAGAGCAAGAGCUGGGCUCAUUGACUGGAGUGAGGUCCUCGGACUCGCAGCUGUGAAAGGCUGGGAUGAGCGAGCUCUUGCGCGUACAGCCCAACGGUGUGCAAAUCUGUUCGGCGAAAGUAUGUCUUUCAUGCCCUUUGACGCAGAUGCAGUACCACAAGCGCUCCCGGAGCCGGUGACAUUCUCGCCCGCCACAAUACCUGCUCCAAAUGUGCCCUCCGUUUUGGGGUCGUCUUCGGGUAAGCGCCCUUUUUUCCAGGUUGGCACAUUACGAUGUCCUCAUGAGGAUUGUUAUGGCCAUGCCAAAGAUUUCGCCUUACCGUAUCGUGUCGUCGAACACUGUAUUCGAGUGCAUGGAUAUGACCCACGUACUAAUAUUAAUGAUAAUGAAACAAGGACACUAGGAGGAGUGCAAAUAGAUGGAUUUCUUCAGCCUGUGACAGUAAAGCCGGGUUGGUUAGGUCAUGGGAGGAUGAAGGCCGGCAAGACGAGCAAAAAGCAGAAGCGGGAAAGGGAUGAAGAGUCAGCAGAUGCAGAUGCGGUGGAUGCUGUCGAGACUGUCGAGGUCUAG